AUGGUCCAAAUCCUCCGCGUCGAAGGCCACCUCCCGAACGCCGAAGUCCUCCAUCACAUCACCACCACCCGCGCCCGCCAUGCCCGCGAAGACGACGCUGCGCCUGACGGCAAGAAAGUCCACGCCCGCCCUGCCAACUUCCUCGCCUCCCUCGACAAGCACGAACGUCAUCUCCAGUCUCCUCACUACCCGUACCUCAAGAACCCAUCCGUAUACGGAACACCUUUCUCCCAAUCAAAAGCACUAAGGAAAUUAUCGGCCUUGCACAUGCGACGGAUACAACAUCCGCUGUACGAGGACUACAUGGGCAAGGUGCAGCGGGGGGAGAUCAAUGCGGACAGAGCACGGAAGAAGCUGGAGAGGUUGCAGGAGAGGAAGGAGCUGACUGAUACGGAAUGGCUGAUGAUUGUGAAUCAUGCGCCGGUGGUGCUGGAGCUUCUGCAACCGAUGGUGGAGGAUUGUGAUGAGAGGUUUACGGAGGAGGAGAGGGAGAUCCUUCUACAGUGUGUCAAGGACGUUCUGAGGAAGGAUGAGGGGAAGCGUGGUGAGGCGAUGGAAGGGGUGGUAGAAGGGGGCGGUGGAGAUGCGAAGAAAGACGGGUGA